AUGUUUACCCAGUUUUUCACGUCAAUCCUCUUGAUCAUCAGAAUCUAUGCAUUGUAUGAAUGUAAUCGCUACAUUCUUGCACCUCUCGUCAUUCUCGUCGCAACGGGAACUGUGAUGAGCUGUUGGAGUAUAAGCCUAGAACGAUCAGCUGACAUCUUGGAUGGACUAGACAACAACCUGUAUGUCCCAGGCUCGAAUUCGUCUCCUGUAGCCGACCAUGAUGCCAUGGAUAGAAGCCAUCGUAGGUGCUUAGGAAGUCGACAAUUUUCAUCUAAUGGAUGCGUGUUCGGGUGCUCAGAUUUAGCAGGGUCCUGGAGCGUUUUCCUAGCGCUUGAUACCGUGGUGUUUGGCCUCACAGUCCUGAGAGCAAUAAAGAUCGGCAGAGCUCGACGUGCCCUUCAUAAAUGCACUCGUCGCAGAUGUGUGAUGUAUUAUGGUGUGAUCUUCAGCAUGAAUUUGAUGAACAUUCUCAUUCUAUUGCUUGCACCACUGUCAGCCAACCAAAAAAUAUGCUGGUUCGAUUCUCACAAUUGUGAUAUCUGUCGUUAUGAUGUCUCAUCUCAUGCUCCAUCUUCGUGA